AUGCGUAACACCCGAUCACAAGCAGUGGCCACGUCAGCUCGUCGGACGAUCACCUCGACCAGCAAUUCCUCCCGUGGAAAACGCCAAGUGUCCAGAGGGUCGACCGAUCCUACUUCGAUUCGGAAACAAAUCAAGAUAACUACUCGUCGGGCAGUCACUUUGCCUCGCGAGGAAAACAUACCCUUUGACGACGAGGAUGAGGAAGAGGAUGAAAAGGAAGAUGAAGAUGCUUUGGAGGCGCAGGAGUCAGAUAUAUUAGAUGAUGAAGAUGAUGAGGAGGAGGAGGAAAGCGAUUCAGAGGAGAUCUUCAAUCGUCUAGCCAAUCGCAUCAAUACCUCUCGUCCAGGACAACCCAUUAGCCCAUCCAACGACAAUCAUCCCGCAUCUACCGACGAAGAUACACAGGAUUUGCCGAGCAUCAAAGAAUACAAGAAUGUAGUCGAUCAGUGGCCACCAGCUCGAAUCGCGGUUGUAGCCCGCUCUCAAAAGAGAAAAGGAACUGCGGUUCCUCCACUCAUUUUGACUGAAGCAAAAGCCAUUCGAAAACUUUACAAACAACAUAAGGCCAUGCUGAGUAUUAUGGGUAAUAUCAGUGAGCUCGGUGGCCGACGAAAACCAGGAUGCUAUCAAAUUUGGUUGAAGUACAGCAAGGAAAGGCAAAAACACAAGAUGCCACUGAAAGGAGGUCAUAAAGGGAUAUUGGCGAAGCGCAAUCGGGAGCUGGGCAAGGUCUGGAAAGCUCUUCCUGAUGAACACCAAGAAGUUUUUCAUCCUUCGGUGUUUUACACUUUAUCUGGUCUAAACCCACCUUCUGGAGAUUUCAAUGAUGAUGAUGAUGAUGAUGCUGAGCAGUUUCAAGAAUUAAAUCUUGACCCAGAGCACCGCGCGGAGUUGCAAGAGCUGUAUGAUCAAUUGGUCUGCAAACAUAAGGUCGCCAAAGAUUAUGCCAAGGUGGCAGCUGGUAUUGUACCUGGACCAAGCCUCCCUGACUACAAUCGCCAAUCAUUGAAAUGUAUAGAACGCCUUCACACUCAGAUUGAUAAUGAAGCAAACAACAUGGACUUCUCCUACUCCCUCCUAGCCUGCAGCACUCAUGCAUCAACGGAGGCUUCUUCGGCAUCACCUGGAUGGUGUAGGGAGUUUACAUCACAUGAGGAGAUGGCGGUAUAUGUUAAUGCAAAGAGCAACUUUGCCACAGUCUUUGCAACCCGUGCUCAAGGGCUCUCUGUGGCGGAGGUAGUUGCUCAGACCAUUGGAACAACUGCGAUGACCAACUCCGAAAAAGCACGAAAGACCGACCCUGGUGAUAUAGUGAAGCGUGAUUUAGCUGCUUUACUACGAAGUGACUUCUCUGCUUUAAUUGGAAAAGAACAAGGCUUUCCCCGUGGGCCUGACCCCGUCGCCAUAUUACGUGAUGACUAUAACCUCAAGAUAAUUCAAACUACGGGUUCCAAACUUACUAGCCAGAUCUUGAAGCUAGGUUUCAAUAAAAUGAAUAGCCGUCGAAGUCUUUGGCUUGAAGAUGUCCGGGCUAACAACUUUAGAAUGGAAAGGAUUAAUACACCUAAUACUACAACUGAAGAAGACAUCAACAUGGAUGAGUCAGCUGGAGAAGAUCAAGUCACAAUGACGCAGGACCAACCUCGAAAUACAGCCGAUGCCCACUUGCAGAUGGACUUUGAGGAGGAAAUGGAGGAUCUAGAAGAAGAGGAGUGGAAUGGCUUUGAAGAGAUUGAUGAGUCUGAAUAUGAUUAA